AUGGACUCGCCGACGCUGUCGCGCUCGUCGUCGUUCGCGCCCGGCCCACACCGACGCUCACACCCGAACCUGCACCAUCUGUCCCUGGCGCCAUUGACGCCCAAAUACCCCAUCGACCCGGCCGACUAUUCGGCGUACUUCAACCCGUCGACGUCGGAAUUGCACACGACGGCGUCCAUCAGCCAAAUCGCCAGCUUGCCGUCCCCGGGCGGCAUCUUGACCAGCACCCACUCGGCCACCCAUUCGAGGGCCAGCUCGCGGACGAGACUGAAGAAGAAGGCGAGGUCGACGGUGUCGAUUCAAGCGUCCACAUAUGGCGGCGCCCCCCACCUCGGCACCCCGUCGGGGGCAUUGAGUAGCGAAGGGUUUGGUCACAAACAUCACGCCGGGUUACAUCUGCAAACGUCAGAUCCGUCCUGGUUGAUUCAGACCGGCUUGGCCUUGACCGAGGGGUCGAGAGAAAGCAAAGGCCAGUCGUGGAUUUUUAAGCGAGAUUCGUCGACCUCGUUACAGACGCCGACGGAUGAGAGAGUUGCACUAAGGUCAGGAAGAGCGACGCCCAGUGUCAGUCGCCGCAGCAGCCAGAUGCGGAGUCGAAGAUCGUUGGCCAUGACCCCGGCUCUGACCACUCCCGUUGAUGAGCCGUCUCCGGACUGGGCAGAUGAUCAUACUCAAGCGGAAAUCGCUGCACAGGUCGAAAGCGACUUUACUGACGAACUUGACGACGAUCCCUACGGCCUUCUUGACUUUGAAGGGCAAUUUGACAGUGAAGACGAAGAAGAUGUACGAAAAGAGAUCUCAAAAUAUCGCCUGGGCAGAUGGAUGGAUGGAAUUGUGGACGUUUUUCUGCGUUUAGAAGACUUCCCCGAUCCUCAGUCUUCAGACCUCGAGGCAGGUCAUUCCCCACCAGUUCCCGUGCCGGUAAAGGACGAGGAGACUGCCAGUGUGGCAUCCGAAACCUCGGUGGAAGCUCCGCCCGAAAAGCCCAAUGGUAUGUGGGACGAUGUGGCCUGGUUUGGCCGUUUGCUAGCAAGGACUGUGCGGUCAUAG